AAGACGCUUUGGGCGCGUCGUUCGCUUUUGAGCGGCACGAAGUUGUUUCCACAAGUCAGCGAUGGGGUCUACGAGCUCAGAGAGGACGCCUCCGCCGAAGAAAGUGAAAUUUGCCGCUACACCAAAGACUCCAGGAACACCGAGAACCGGGCCCGGCGUUCCAGAGUCCGUGUAUCGGGAGCUGUUGACAGGGCCGCCAACCAACCCCGACGGGCCGAUGCGCGACGUCUGCGCCUUCAUCGAAGUGCGCGUCGGCACCGAGGACGUUUCGUCGACGUUCGAAAGCCUGAUGACGCGGCUGGGUGCCACGGUGCGCCGCCAUUUGGGCCCCAGCGUGACGCACGUCGUGUUCCGCGAGGGCCGUGUGUCCACACGCAAACGAGCCCUGCAAAUGGCCAUCCCCAUCGUGGGGCCGCUCUGGGUGGAAGAGUGCCUCGCCCAGAACAGGCUGGCAUCACCGGAGAGGUUCCCACCAUUUGUGUCUGCAGCCUAUGACUGUCCCAUUCUCAGCCGCAAAAUUAGGAAGCCUCGGUCUUGGCGCACCAAGGUGGACUCUCCGUCUCCAGUUAGGCGGAGGCAAAGGCCCCGGUUGCUCGACCUGAGGUGUGAAGUGCUGCUCGACGAAGCAGUGCUAUCGCCAAAUACACAGCGUUUACAGGACAUUGUUACAAAAGUGAAGACGCAAGUUUUGGGCAAAGUGGCUGUCCCACGGAAGUGCUUGUUGUCAGGAGUGUCGUCCAGCUUUCCACUAGUCCAUCCGAGUGGCUUGAUGAACACACGGGAGGCACAGGAGCCCCACACCCCACUGAAGGAGUUAGCCCAAGUGGAGCAGGGCCCGUUGCCAGGACUGCCUUCGGGAAAGGACCGUCGUAUCAGCCGGCGUAGUUUGGAGGACUUCAGUACAGAUGUGAGCCGAGCUAGGGCUCGUGCCCUGAGCAGGGCUUCUUGGUUGGAAGGCCCAAGCGUCGUCCUGACAGGACUUGAACCAGUUGACCGCGAUGCUGUCGGUGCCAUAGUGAAGGCCUUGGGCGGUUUCACUACUGCAGCCGAGGUCACCGAUCGCACAACGCAUGUGAUAUGUGGCACCGUGGCUGGAAAGCCACGACGGACACUGCACGUGCUGUUUGCCUUAGCAAGAGGCAACUGCUGGCUUCUGCCUGUUCGUUGGGCUUACCAGUCACUAGAGAGUGGUCGCUGGCUGGAAGAAGGUGCCUUUGCCUUCAGCCGUCCCAGGUUGGCCGUUGGGAAGAAACGGAAAUUGUCAGGGUGUCUGGUGGCAGAUGCUCCGCUCCUGGAUGGUCGGGGUCCUUUCUACAUUGGGCCAGCCACAGCACCCCCACCUGAUCGCGUCCGUGACCUGCUACUGCUUCUAGGCGCAGAGGUGUCUCCAUCAUACCUUCGCUGCCAGGUGGUCCUGGGCGAUCCGCAACGCAGCCAGUGGCUCUCCCAAGUCACACACAUCUCCGAGCGAUGGCUCCUCGAUUGCAUCUCUGAACAUCAGGUUCUGCCCUACGACAGCUACCUGCUGCAGAGGCCAGACAGCAGCAGCAGCAGCCAUUGAACAUCAUCAUCACCUUACAAAAUUUCAAACUCGAUUCUCUAGUACUUCGCACUUUUAUCAUUUUAAUGGAGGACAACAGCACAUGGCAUCUGUACAUAGUCAUAAUGUUCAUUGUAGUCAUGAUGUCGCGUGAAUGUUUUUCUUGAUGUGAGGCAUAUGUCUUUUUAUACAACGAUACAUUUUUACGACCUUUUAUGGAUUUUUACAGCCUUUUAUGAGAGUCUUGUCUUGCGAGUGCAGAGUUCACAAAUGUUUUAACCAGAA